CUUAUUCGAGAACGUGGCAAAGGCGUAACCCUUUCAAGAUAAGUUAAACUCCCCAAGAAUCAUUCGGGAACCCUUCUAAAGCCACAUAAAAAUCCCAACUUUUGGAAGUGUGGGAGUUCAUUGAUUGCAUCGAUUGCCCCAACGUUGGUUUCUGUCCGUCUCUGUUUCUUUACCCUGCCGGUAAUAAUUUUUACGCAAUUAAUUAAUGGGGUCGCUCAGAGUGACCUAAUAAUGGAAAGGAAGCAGCAGCUAGAGUAGAAGGGGCUGCAGGGCAGUUAUCGUUGCCUUGGGGGAAGAAGGAGGAGAAACCGGUAAAACUGGUAGCUCGGCAGUCUCUAUAUCUAUAUAUAUAUAUAUAUAUAUAUAUAAAUGUAUGUAUGGUUUGAGGAAUAGUGAUGAAGGUGUUGGAAGUCAAGCAAGCACUGGAAAUUGAAAGAGACCCGCAAACCUCAGAGACUCCGUCAAACGUCUUAUUCUAUGCAACCUCCGGUUGAUUGGUGGUGCAGGAGAAGUGGGGACGAAUCGGAUGAGCUCUGAGAUCUGAAUCUGAGUCAACACGGCGAGUUGACUCGGGGCUCUAGAGUUGAGAUGAGCUGCUGAGAUUUCUGGUGGGGGUGAGGGAAUCGGUUGUGGGUUGCAGCUUUUGAGGGGGUGCUGCAGGAAGGAAGCAGGAGGAAGAUGACAGGGAAGAGCAGAGGAGCAGAGUCUGUGUCGAGGAAAUGGGCUUUCUUGCUUUGCAUCGGCUGCUUUUGUGCCGGCAUGCUUUUCUCCAACAGAAUGUGGACAGUACCGGAAGUCAAGGAAGAAAUACCCAGAGGUACAACAACUGCCGAGGAGAAGCUAAAGAUAGUUUCUGAGGGUUGUGUUCCAAAAUCUAAGGAUGUAAAGCAUGAUACCGAAGACAUUCUUGGGGAAGUCUCGAAGACUCACAAUGCUAUCCAAACUUUGGAUAAAACAAUCUCAAGCUUAGAAAUGGAGCUAGCUGCUGCUCGGGCUGCACAGGAAUCCAUUCUCAGCGGUUCUCCUCUAUCAGAUGAUCUGAAGGUCAGCGAAACAACUGGGAAGAGAAAAUACUUAAUGGUAGUAGGAAUCAACACUGCUUUUAGCAGCCGUAAAAGGAGAGAUUCAGUCCGUGCUACAUGGAUGCCCCAAGGCGAGAAGAGAAGAAAGCUCGAAGAAGAAAAGGGCAUCAUAAUCCGCUUUGUGAUAGGCCACAGUGCCACAUCGGGCGGUAUCCUUGAUAGAGCCAUUGAAGCCGAAGAUAAGAGGCAUGGUGACUUUUUGAGGCUGGAGCAUGUAGAGGGUUAUCUCGAAUUAUCAGCCAAAACAAAGACGUACUUUGCAACUGCUGUUUCCCUGUGGGAUGCAGAUUUCUAUGUCAAAGUGGAUGAUGAUGUGCACGUAAAUAUAGCUACACUUGGAUCAACUUUAGCUCGGCAUCGCUCGAACCCUCGAGUCUAUAUUGGGUGCAUGAAAUCUGGUCCUGUGCUUGCCCAAAAGGGCGUGAGAUACCACGAACCUGAGUACUGGAAAUUCGGUGAAGAGGGAAAUAAGUAUUUCCGCCAUGCUACAGGACAGCUCUAUGCAAUUUCGAAAGAUUUAGCAUCCUACGUAUCAAUUAACCAGCAUGUGCUACACAAAUACGCAAAUGAAGAUGUUUCGCUCGGUUCUUGGUUUAUUGGGUUGGAUGUGGAGCACGUCGAUGAUCGAAGACUGUGCUGCGGGACUCCACCGGAUUGCGAGUGGAAAGCACAAGCGGGAAAUGUGUGCGUGGCUUCAUUUGACUGGACCUGCAGCGGAAUAUGCAAGUCCGUCGAAAGGAUGAAGGAAGUUCACCGCAGGUGUGGGGAAGGCGAGAAUGCUUUGUGGAGUUCUGCCUUCUGACAUGAAACACAAAAUUCAGACGAGGAUAAUCUGUCUCAAGAUGAAGGUAUAUAUGUACACAAACGUGUUGUAAUCGUGUUUGUAAGGUCGAAACGAUGGUAGGAUGUCAUAGAGAAAGCAGAAUUAAUUUUUCUCUCUCUCUUCUCGGUAUAUCUGUCUUGCCGUGUUACCGGUCCAAUGGUCCUGUGGCAAGCUGUUAUAGUAGUAGAUAGCUGUAGCUUAAGCAUUCUUUCCACGCUUGAGGUGUAGGAGAGCCAUUUUGUAACUCUUUUUUACUUUCCUUGAAUUUAUUUAUCUAAUUUUCCACGACAAGGAAAAUUAGAAAUUGAAGAAUAAUGCAAGUAUUAUGGGCUGGUUUUUCUACCAA